GCGGCGGCUCCAGCCCCAGCGCCGGGCCCGGCGGCGGCGCGGGGAAGAUGGCGGAGUCCGGCGGGGCCGAGUCCGCCUUGGAGCGGCCGAGCAGCAUGGCUGACAAGAACAGCGCCCUGAAAUGCACGUUCUCUGCUCCUGGCCACAGCACCACUCUCCUGCAAGGACUGGCCUCGCUCCGGGCUCAGGCUCAGCUGCUUGAUGUCAUCCUCACUAUAAAUAACGAAGUGUUUCAGGUUCAUAAAGUUGUCUUGGCUGCCUGCAGUGACUACUUCAGGGCAAUGUUCACAGGAGGGAUGAGAGAAACCAGCCAAGAUGUGAUUGAACUGAAAGGGGUAUCCGCAAAAGGACUGAAACGCAUAAUAGACUUUGCUUAUAGUGCUGAAGUGACUCUCGAUCUUGAUUGUAUUCAGGAUGUGCUGGGAGCUGCAGUCUUCCUCCAGAUGGUGCCUGUGAUAGAGCUCUGUGAAGAGUUCCUGAAGUCCGCAAUGAGUGUUGAAACGUGUCUUAAUAUCGGGCAGAUGGCCACCACCUUCAGUCUCGCGUCCUUGAAGGAAUCAGUAGACGCAUUCACCUUUAGGCACUUCCUUCAGAUUUCUGAGGAAGAGGACUUUCUUCACCUGCCCCUGGAGCGCCUUGUCUUCUUCCUGCAAAGCAAUAAACUAAAGAGCUGCAAUGAAAUAGACCUCUUCCAAGCUGCCAUCCGUUGGCUGCAGUAUGACCAGUCCCGCCGUUCCAAUGCCAGCCAGGUUCUCUGCCACAUUCGCUUCCCGCUCAUGAAAUCGUCUGAGCUGGUGGACAGCGUUCAGACCCUGGACAUCAUGGUGGAAGAUGUCCUGUGCCGGCAGUAUUUGCUGGAGGCAUUCAACUACCAGAUCCUGCCCUUCCGCCAGCAUGAGAUGCAGUCUCCUCGAACCACCAUCCGUUCCGACGUCGUGUCCCUCAUCACCUUUGGCGGCACCCCGUACACUGACAACGACCGGACUGUGAGCGGCAAAGUGUAUUACUUGCCAGACAUCAAUGUGCGUCAAUUCAAGGAGCUCACUGAGAUGGAGGUGGGCAGCAGCCAUGCCUGUGUGGCUGUGCUCGACAACUUUGUCUAUGUCGUGGGGGGGCAGCAUCUGCAGUACCGCAGCGGUGAGGGAGCUGUAGAUAUCUGCUACCGCUAUGACCCCCACUUGAACCAGUGGCUGCGCAUCCAGGCCAUGCAAGAGAGCAGGAUACAAUUUCAGCUGAAUGUCUUGUACGGCAUGGUGUAUGCCACGGGCGGGAGGAACAGGUCGGGGAGCCUGGCCUCCGUAGAGAAGUACUGCCCCAAAAAGAAUGAGUGGACCUAUGUGUGCUCCCUCAAACGCAGGACGUGGGGGCAUGCUGGGGCCACAGUGGGCGGCAAGCUGUACAUAUCCGGUGGAUAUGGAAUAUCAGUGGAAGACAAAAAAGCCCUGCACUGUUAUGACCCGGCAGUUGAUCAGUGGGAGUUUAAAACCCCAAUGAAUGAACCCAGAGUCCUGCAUGCCAUGGUCAGUGCAAAUAUGAGGAUUUAUGCCCUAGGAGGGCGCAUGGACCAUGUUGACCGUUGUUUUGAUGUAUUGGCUGUGGAAUACUAUGUGCCUGAAACUGACCAAUGGACAACCGUGAACCCUAUGCGGGCAGGUCAGUCAGAAGCUGGUUGUUGCUUGUUAGAAAAGAAGAUCUAUAUUGUGGGAGGGUACAACUGGCACCUGAACAAUGUAACGAGCAUCGUGCAAGUGUAUAACAUGGAAACAGAUGAAUGGGAAAGGGACCUGCAUUUCCCAGAGUCUUUUGCUGGCAUAGCAUGUGCUCCUGUUAUACUGCCACAAAUAACAACCCAGAGAUAACCAUGUGGGACUGUGCUGUCUGGGAGCUCCUCUCUUGUGUUGCAUGUUCUCAGGACUGUGUGUUGUCUCUUUGUUGUUUGCAAAUAAAGUUGUGUUUCGUUUGUUUGUUUCGGGGGGAGGGAUGGCGGGGGAAGGGAGGAGGAAAAUACUUUGCAUUCCCUUAUCCAGGAAAUCUCCUCUUCCUCCUAUGUAGCCUUCUGACGGUGUGUUCCCUCAGAAGCACUUGUUGGCCAGUUAGACUUAACAUAUGCUACAGCUAGACAAGGCUCUUCGUUGUUGUCCUGGACGGGGAGGAUGCAUUUCUCUGACUGCCCAUCUUUUUAACGAGGUCUUGCAUUGCAGGCAGUGACCGCUCAGGAGCGUGUUAAGUACUGUGGGAUGUUUAGAUGAGUUCUGAUGUGAUUUCAGUAAUGUUUCACAAUUCCAAAAGCUCACUGGAGUGUGUAGAUUUGUGUCAUCGUCUUGUUUUUAACCAACAAAACCAAACUCUUUAUAACAUACUGACCUCCAGAAGCAAUAAGGGGAUGCUGGAAACUAGAUGAGGUGCUUGGAUUAUGACGCACGUUCUUGGCUUCCCAAGAAGUGAUUUUUUUUCUUUCCUUUUGUCUAAUAGGAUACAGGUUCUUUCUGGCCACUGAGCUCUGUGUUGAUUCUGUUUGCUCUUCACCAAAUGGGACAAUUUAAUGAAGCUCCUUCUCCUGAUAACCAUGUAAUGUCCUACUCAACAAAACUCCCCUCAAUUGGAGCGCCCAAACUUUGCAACCCGGAGGGGCCAUGUUGGCAGCUCGCCAGGAGCUGGAGUGCAUUGCUAAACAUGCAUGAUUUUCAUAAUUGCCAAUAAAGUGUGUGACAUCCCCAGCAGUAAGAACCUUGGAAUUGGUAGCUGUUUGUACCCUGAUGAUAUAGGCAGAAGGCACCCAGAGCUGCUUUCUAGGGCCCAUUUACUGCGUCUUUCGCAUCUCCUUCCCCUUUGAGUGCAUUUCCCUUCCCUCCCCUAUGCAAAUUUACCCAAACUGGGUUUUUUUAAAUACUACCAAAGAGCCAGUGGUGCUUGUCCUACUGCGAAAAGGUUCCCCAGCCACCCAAUUUAUGAAUAAGAAACAUCCGCUUCUAAUACAACAGAACUCUGUGAAACGUAAAGUUCUGUCGCCCCAAAAUGUUUUACUCUUUAACUAGAGAUUCAUUUUAAGAGGGCUUUGCAGUGUGUGAAAUAUAUUUGUGUUUUCUGCACAUAGAAGGUUUUUACUUCUCAGAUAUGUUCUUUUUUCAGGUCAGUUUUCUAAGCAAAUUAACCUGUUGGUAAAUUGAAGUUUCUCCUUGUAUCAGGAAUUCUGUGCCAAGGGCUUCAUUAUAUUUCUCUUUUUUGGUGUAUGCAAAAUGUUGAGAAACAGUUACGUUCUGGCAUUAUAUAAAUGCUGAGCUGUCACCUUUUAUAGGGAGUAUAAAAUGUCUGUUUUGCUAAUGUAUCAUUAAUCAGGCCUAUUUCUGCCCAAGUGAUAAAGCAUGAACUUCAUAAUUCAAAUUAAUUUUCAGAUAUCUUUCUCUAGGACUUAAAUUCAGGUAUUUGAAAAAGCGAUAGAGUAAGUAUGCAUGUUACCCGGCUAACCUGGUGAAAUGUAAUUCUCCAUCUUCAUUCCAUAUUUUGCCAGUGAUGAAUGAAUAAAAAUAAAGCCCCCAUUUUGCUGCAGACGUACUAGAGAUGCUGCAAAGAAGGUGGCUUACCAACAAAUGGACAAAAUUUGAGAAGAAAGAAAUGUUAAUAGAAGCACUAAAACAACAAAAUAUUUAUUAAAAUAUUCUACCUCUACAUGUUAAUCAGACGUGAGUAAACCCCAAAUGUAAUCUGCCCUUUUUCUUCCAGUUGCAAAGUUCAUGCAACUUUGCAUGGGUUUCCUCCCAGAGGAACACUUCAGUGCUCUUUCCUAUUUUUUUUUCUAACCUUCAUAUAAAUACUCUUUCUAUGCCAGCAAUGCAGAGCCGAAGAGCAGCCCUCUGAUAACAAACCAAGGUGCAUAUUCCCAGUGCUCACAAACUACCUUACAGUAAACAAACCAGAGAGCCUGCAUGAAGGAUGAGAUAGGAACCUGGUGCUAAGGAAAAUUGAUUUUUUUUUUUCAUUUCAAGCUUCGACAGUGGUGAUUAAAUUAUUGCAGGGAAAGAGAAGAGGAAUAUACUUUAGAAAUUAUGAAAAAUACAUUCUUGGGGUCCUUUUUAAAUUACCCUUGUGGAAAAAAAAUCAGUUUGAAUGCAUCUUUGGAAGGGUGGCUUCCUUGAUAGUGGGAUAGAAAAAGCCAUUCCAAAGUGGGCAUUAAUUAAGCAGACUUACUGUAGCUUGACACUUACCCACUGAACUAGCCUAGUCACUGUACUCCCUGUCAGUCCCCCAUGGAAUCUGUGCUAGGGUGGGUUUCCUGAUUCCCUAGCCGGAGACUGCUGGCAGAGCAGUGCUAUGCACCAUCUGUGUGUUAAUGGAAUGUUCUUUUUAUAGAUCUAUAUCAAAAUAAAAUUAUUUUUCAUAACGUUAA